AUGGGCUUGUUCAGCCGCACCGAGAAAACGGCCGAGCAACGGUUGGCCGACAACGCUAUCCUGGUUGGUGCAGAAAUCGCCGCGGCUCUUCCCAACACUGAUAGACCAUGGUGGAAACAAGCGCAUCUACUCAGACUGAAUGCCUUGUUGGGAAUUUGCUGCUUGUCAGCUGCCACUGUUGGUGCUAUGAUGAAUGCGCUGCAGAUCAAUCCAAACUGGAAGUCGUACUAUCAUCACCCCGAGAAAGCUACCCUGGGCGCCAUCAACGCUAUGCUCCCGGCAGGCAAAAUCAUCGGAUUCCUCUUUGUCGCACCUUUCUCCAACAGAUUCGGGCGAAAAACAGCUCUUAUGCUCUCUUUCGCUAUCACGGUCGUCGGUGCUGCUAUCCAGACUGCUUCGAAUAACUUGGGCGUGUUAAUCUUCUCGCGCUUCUUCCUAGGAUUUGGGUGCGGUGUCAUGUCCCAACCAAGCCCCAUCUUGCUUGCAGAGAUGGCAUAUCCACCUCACCGCGGAAAGCUCACGGCAUUGUAUCAUUGCUUCUAUUUCGUUGGUGCUAUUGCCGCAGCCUGGAUCACUUUUGGCACCCUUAGAAUGACUGGGGCUUGGAGCUGGAGAAUUCCAACGCUCCUCCAAGGAGCUGCUCCACUACUCCAGCUGGCCUGUUCUUACUUUCUCCCUGAGUCACCCAGGUACCUCAUUGCAAAGGGUCGAGACGACGAAGCCCGCGCAAUACUCACCAAGCAUCAUGCAGCAGGGGAUGAAAGCUCUCCGCUGGUCGAGCUUGAGGUUGCUCAGAUCCGAGACGCCGUGCGCACCGCGAACAAUUCCGAGAAACGACCAAGCUUAGGAAAGAUGGUCUCGAGUCCAGCAAACCGCCGCCGACUUCUCAUCUCCACGAUUGUGGCCAUUGCUGCGCAGUGGUCCGGGAAUACUGUAGUGUCGUACUACCUCGUCUUGGUUCUCAACGCCAUUGGUAUCACCAAUGCUACGCACCAAUCGCUCAUCAACGGCGGCCUACAAAUCUUUAAUCUACUUGCCACAGUAGGCUGCGGAGCCAUGCUUGUUGAUAUUCUCGGUCGCCGCCGCCUGUUCCAAUGGUCUGCUGUGGGAAUGACAUUGUCGUACACCAUCUGGACCAUCCUCAACGCUCGAUUCGACGUCACUGGACGUUCAAGUUAUGGCUAUGCUGUUAUCCCAAUGCUCUUUAUUUUCUAUUUCCAUUACGAUAUCGCCUUGACACCACUUCUCUACAGCUACCCAACCGAACUUUUUACCUACGAAUGGCGAAGUUGGGGCGUGGCUUAUACCUUGAUUGUUACCAAUGCGUCACAAAUCAUCGGCCAAUUCUGCAAUCCUAUCGCCAUGGCCAAGAUUGGAUGGAGAUACUACAUAGUAUACUGUAUUCUUGACGCCACUCUCAUCGCUCUUGUCUGGGUCCUAUUUCCCGAGACCAAGGGCAAGUCUCUUGAAGAAUUGGCCAACUUGUUCGAGAAGCUUGAAAAGGAUAGGACGGGUGUGAAUCUGAUGGAGUCAAGAAGUCGCCUCGACGGGUGGCUUGCUAGAUAG